AUGGAUUCUGUUGAGUUGGGUUUGGAAUCAGUCGACCCCGAGAUUUUUCAGCUUUGUAAGGAAGAAGAGCUGCGCCAGCGCAACUGCAUUGAAUUAAUUGCUUCUGAGAACUUUGUCAGCAAGGCCGUUUUGUGUGCGCUUUCUUCAGCUUUUCAUAAUAAGUAUUCGGAAGGAUUAGUUGGUGCAAGGUACUACGGUGGGGUUGAUGUUGUUGACGCGAUGGAGUCGCUAUGUAUUAAAAGAGCUCUAAAGUUGUUCAAAUUGUCUCCUGAAGACUGGGGUGUGAAUGUUCAACCCUACAGCGGGUCUCCAGCAAAUACUGCAGUCUAUAUAGGAUUAGUCGGACCUCAGGGACGCAUAAUGGGUUUAAAUCUUCCCGAUGGUGGUCAUCUCACUCAUGGUUUCUUCACCCCAAGUGGAAAAAAGGUCUCGGUCUCCUCGAUGUUCUUUGAGUCGAUGCCCUAUUGCGUGGACCCUAGCACGGGCCUGGUCGACUUCGAAACGUUGGCGGUCAGUGCAAAGCUCUUCCGACCUCGCCUUAUUGUCGUUGGUGGUAGUGCCUACCCGCGUCAACUGGACUACGCUCGAUUUCGCCAAAUCGCUGACUCUGUGGGCGCACUGAUGAUGGUCGAUAUGGCGCAUAUAAGCGGUCUCAUCGCCAGCGGCCUGCAUCCUUCACCCUUCGAGUAUGCCGAUGUUGUCACCACAACGACGCACAAGACCCUUCGCGCCGCCCGUGGUGCUAUGAUCUUCUUCCGCCGACGCAAACUGGCCCCACCACCGAAAAAGAUGGCCAAAAACGGUCCUAUCGUCGGAGGGGAGGGUGACGGACCUACCUAUGUGGCGACGGACUUUGAGCAGCGUAUCAACGAUGCUGUUUUUCCCGGUCUGCAGGGCGGUCCCCACAACAACAACAUCGCUGGCAUCGCGGUGGGGCUGCAAGAGGCCCUCCAACCCGAAUUCACUCACUACAUCCACCGCGUUGUUGAGAACAGUAAAUACCUUGCUGCACGGCUUCAGGAUCUCGGAUACACGAUAACAACUGGUGGCACCGACACGCACCUCUUUUUGAUGGACUUCCGACCCCUCAAGAUGGACGGAGUGCGUGUCUCCACGGUACUGGAGGCAAUCGGCAUCACCGUGAAUAAAAACACCGUCCCUGGGGACGUAAGCGCCUUUCGUCCCAGUGGCAUUCGCAUCGGCACACCAGCAGUGACCUCGCGUGGCUUCGGCUUGGCGGAGAUGGAGCGGGUUGCAGAGUUCAUCCACGCCGGGGUGCAGAUCGCCUUGAAGGUUGCCGCAGGUCUUAAAACACCGGCAAUCAAGGAGUUCGAGGCUGCUCUAAGUCUCAACGCCGAGGCACAAGCUGAGAUAAGGAACCUGAGGAGAGAGGUUACCGAAUUUGCUGCAACUUUUCCUCUGCCAGGAUUCUGA